AUGGUCAAAGUCGCCACAAGAUCGUCGACGUCGACGUCGACGACAACAACGGAGCCCCCGAUCGCAAGUUUCUCGCCCAUCUCCCGGAAUGCGAAUAAGGAUCCGUAUUGGCCGACCAUCGCAAACAUACACCACAUUCCCGAAUGGCUCAAGGAUCAAGAUUACAUUGUAGAAGGCCACCCGAUGCCCACCCAUUCAUACAGGCGAUCGUUUCGGCUGUUGCGUUGCCUACAUACGGAGACGAUAAAUAUCUGGACUCAUCUCGUCGGCAGUGCAGCACUCGUAAUGACCGGCAUCGCGCUGUACGACUACGCCAUAUCGAACUCGCUCCCCUCGGAUCUCGGCGAUAAGUUUGCGUUCGGAAUCUCUAUCAUCGCCGGAAUUGCGUGCUUUGGAAUCAGUGCUGUAUUCCACACCUUUAGAAGUCACUCGCGCGAAGUCCACGUUUUUUGGCGGAAAUGGGAUGUUUAUGGCAUUUGCCUGCUUUCAUUGGGUGGAGGAGCUGCUGCCACUUAUUACGGAUUUGCUUGCGACCCCACGAUGCAAAUGUCGUACUGGGCUCUCCACGCAAGUGCGGCUGUGGCGGCCGCUGUAAUAGUAUUUGAUACCAGUGACGAUGAGAGCACGAUCUCGCGUGAAGGCGUGUUUGGUUAUCUUGGGCUUGUCGCGCUGCUCCCUGUUCUUCACAGUAUUGGGAAGCUGGGCUGGGACCGGGCCUGCAUAGAGUUAGGUGCACAUUGGUAUCUCUCUGAGGCUUUGGUCAUGUGCCUUGGUGCAUCGUUGUUCGCGUCGAAGUUGCCUGAACGGCUCAGCCCAGGAACCUUUGAUAUAUGGGGUCAUUCGCAUCAACUGCACCACAUCUGUGCUGUGAUGGCAUCGGCAUUCCACGUAGUUGGUUUGGCAGCAAGCUAUCGAUAUCGUCAAGAACACCCAGGAUGUUGA